AUGGACCACAAGGCAACUGCUAAUAAGACAAAUGAAUACACUAAUUCUAAACCUAGAGAUGCAAAUAAAAUACACACGUCCAGUCUCCAGCAAGAGGGUGAGGAGAAGGAGAGAGAGACUCGCGCUGAGAGGUUUGUAAAUUAUUUUGCAAAUACCUAUGCAUCAGGCUUGUUACCUUCUAAGAAUGGCGAAGGCUUCACAGAACAACUUUUGCUUGAGGUGGCAGAGAUUCUCCUGAGUUACAUUAAGAGAACCUAUGAUGGAGAAAAAGUCCUGGACUUUCACCACCCCCAUCGGCUUCUGGAAGGCUUGCAGGGGUUCAGCCUGGACCUGUCUGACCAGCUGGAGCUCUUGGAACAAAUACUUGCACAUUGUAGGAGGGAAACCUUAAUAUAUGGAGUUAAAACAGGACAUUCUUGCUACUUCAAUCAACUUUCUAGUGGCUUUGACAUUACUGGCCUAGCUGGGGAACGGCUCACAGCUACAGUGAAUACUAACAUCCGUUUUGAUGAUGACAUGAAAUUAUGGCUGGUAAAAUUUGCAGAUGAUAUGAACUUAGUAGCAUGGGUCACAUCCUAUUAUAUCAGUGCCACUGCUGGUACCACCAUUUAUUGGGCCCUUGAUCCCCUUUGUGACAUUGCUGAUGUAUGGAACAUCAGGCUUUUUGAGACUCUUAUCAACAGAUUCCUUGAACUUGCUGAGUACCUUUAUAAGGAACUGAGUUCAAGAGAAAACUUUGGGCUUGUGUUUGAUGAUGAGCCUGAACACACCAAUGUGUGCUUCUGGUACAUCCCACCAAGCCUGAAAGGAAGGCCAAGUGGACCAGAAUGGGAUAAAUUACUUCAUCAGAUUGCUCCCAAGAUCAAAGCACAGAUGACAGAAGAAGGAAUGACAAUGAUUAGCUAUGAGCCACAAGGUGACAAAGCCAACUUUUUCAGAAUGGUUUUCUUCAACCCAGCUACCGGGAAACCAGAUGUUGACUUUCUCCUUGAAGAAACUGAAAGACUUGGCAAAGACUUGUGA